UCAAUGACUUUACAGGAGAACUACAUAUCGUCAAUGGAGAAACAAAACACGUUGGAACAUAUUCUUAUGCUUCGCAAGAUCCGUGGAUAUUUCCUGCUACUAUUCGCCAGAAUAUAUUAUUUGGAUCCGAAUACGACAAAGAGAGGUAUAACGAGGUCAUACGUGUGUGCGACUUAGAGACAGACUUCGAUCAUUUUCCUGAUGGAGACAAUUCUCUUUUGGGAGAUUCUGGGGCAUCUUUAAGCGGAGGUCAGAAAGCAAGGAUCAGUUUGGCAAGAGCGAUAUAUAAGGAAGCGGAAAUAUACCUACUCGAUGAUCCACUUUCUGCUGUCGACGUCCACGUAGCAAAGAAGUUAUAUGAGAGUUGUAUCAACGGAUUUCUCAAAUACAAAACAAGGAUAUUAGUGACCCAUCAAGUUCACUAUUUGAAAAAUGCUGACAACAUCAUUAUUCUGAAAGAAGGCCGUAUUGAAAGUCGUGGAACAUAUGAGGACUUAUCCCAAGAUAAUCUGUCAUAUGCAAAAUUUCUUUUCACUCAUAAAGAUACUUCUGACAACAAAACCCUGUCGAAUGAUGAAAGAGGCAUUCAAAAAAACAUUUUGACGAAGAAUGGCGGAGAAGAAGAUAGAAGGAACUUUGAAUUACCAAAAAAUGUUAUACCUGGAAAUAAAAACAAAAUUGAGAAUGACAUGAAUAGAGGAAAAGCCAGAGGAUCUCUCCUUUAUCACUAUAUUUCAUCAGGUAUGAAAUCUUAUCAAAUGAUAUUUCUUUUCCUCUUGAUGUGUGUUGCACAAGGAUCAAACAACAUGCUAGACUGGUUCGUGACUUUCUGGACAAAUGUAGAGGAAAAUAAAAAUGUAGGUCAGAACGAUUUUCCAAUGUACUACAAGAAUUGGGCUACUGAAACAUACAUUUAUAUCUACGGAGGAAUUGCAACAUUUUGCUUGAUCACUACCUUAUCCAGAUCUAUUUUGUUUCAUAGAUUUCUCUUGAGUUGUUCAUCUAAUCUACAUACAUCAGUUUUCGAAAGCAUCAUUCACACCAGUUUGAGAUUCUUUGAAGCCAAUCCUGCAGGAAAGAUUCUGAACCGUUUAUCCAAAGACAUCAAUGUAAUUGAUGAAACUUUACCCAAAAUAUUAUUCAAUGCAUCCAGGAUAUUUCUCAAAAUGGUUGGGCAUUUGGUGAUAGUGAUGUACGUUAAUCCUUUCAUUAUAAUAUUAGUUGCAAUUCUUGGAUUUGUUUUCACCCGUAUCAGAAAUAUUUACUUGAAAACAUCUACAUGCCUCAAGAGACUUGAAGCAAAAAAUUUGAGUCCAGUUUUCACACAUCUCACCUCAACAAUGCAAGGUUUAACAACAAUUAGAGCUCACAAAGCUGAAGAUAUUUUGAAGGAGGAAUUUGAUAGACACCAAGACAAUCAUACGUGUGCCUGGUUCAUGUUGAUUUCAACGAGUUCAGCAUUUGGAUUUGCUUUAGACCUAAUAUGUCACACGUUCAUAUGUUCACUAAUUUUUGGUCUACUAAGUUUAUCUGAUUGUGAGUAAAAAGCAAAUGAAAACA